AUGGCAGAUGACAUGGUUACCGCGAGUGGUGCAAGUAGUGGCGAUGAUCAUGCUAGCAAUUUGAAUGAAGAACAGCUCGAUGCAUCUGAAGAGCAGCCCCUUGGUCCAGAGACUCUAGUCUAUGAAGAACCAGAUGACGUGGCUGCGGAUGAAGAGGGUACUCUUCGGCAUGAGUCCAUUAACGACUUGGAAGCACACUCGUCCUCUGAGAAGCUUGGGGAUGUGGAACAUGUUAGUGAGCACACAAGUCCCAAAGAGGCUAACGGAAAGGACGACCUUGAAGAAGGGGAUGAAACUUCCAUCCUAGCUGCAGAAAUCCUUGAAGACGACCCCAUUGUAUACGCUCCAGAAGAUAUCAUGGAUGAAGAGGAUGACCGGCCACCCGAGUCCCCAGCUGCUUUGCCAGAGGAACAACGCGUGUUAGCUAGUGCCGGAGAUUACCAGAACGUUGAUGCACUUCUCGCUAGACAAGCGUAUGAUCCACUGGGGCAUCCAGAGGUUGGUGGGCUGGACGAUGUUGAUCCUUUGAGAGCUUCGGUCGAUCCUGGAUGCACGCCAGAGGACCACCUAGAAGCAGAAGAGCUUGUCAUUAUUAAUGUUGAUCUAGACAUGGCGCAACAAGAGGACGCGAAGGGUUCUGCAGAACCGGAGGCCUCUCCUGUUGUACCUGCGAAGGCCCCUGACCAACACUUACCUUCAAUCAAUAGUUUACAGGCGUCUGGUUCUAAACCACACGAAGACAGUUUCGAUGAGAGUACAGCUAGAAAGCAUAUAGUUGACCAAACUGUGGAUGCAGGGGAGGAGCCCGUGGAUCCCAGUAUGCACCCGGCCAUCGCCCAAGCAAUUAAAACAAGAAAUGACCACUUUCCUUUGUUAAGUGAUCCAAAGCUACCCCACACUAGGGAAAACUUCAACCUGCCUCCCCUUGUAGAGGGUCACAGUGUUCCUGUGGACAAAGGGACAUACAAAGACUACGUGUUUGAUCUGGAGCGGCAAGAAUACCUUCAAAAGGAGGAGGUCACAAAGGCUCAUACAGAGUACUUGGAGAAACACCACGAACUCAAACAGAUUGUAAGCGACUUCCUGACUAGUAUUCUAAUUGACAAACCAACUGAUGUAUACCAAUACGCUGCAGAUUACUUUAGUGUUGUAGUGAAUUAA